AUGUCUUACCUGACGGAAGCGCAGAAGAAGGAGCUGGCGGCAACAGCCAAGGCCAUCGUGGCCCCGGGGAAAGGGAUCCUGGCCGCGGACGAGAGCACUGGCACCAUCGGGAAGAGGUUCAGCACCAUCGGGGUGGAGAACGUGGAGGAGAACAGGCGCCUCUACCGCCAGCUCCUCUUCACUAGCGACAAGGAGGAGAUGCCCAAGUACAUCAGCGGCGUCAUUCUCUUCCACGAGACGUUCUUCCAGAAAGCCGACAACGGGACGCCGUUCGUGAAAGUGCUGCAGGAGCGGGGGAUCGUUCCGGGCAUCAAGGUGGACAAGGGAGUGGUGAAACUCCUCGGUACCGACGACGAGACGACGACGCAGGGUCUGGACGGGCUGGCCGAGCGCUGCAAGGAGUACUACGAGGGAGGGGCCCGCUUUGCCAAGUGGCGGUGCGUCCUCAAGAUCGGCGGCGGACGCCCCACGGAGCUGGCCGUCAACGAGAACGCCAACGUCCUGGCUCGCUACGCCAGCAUCUGCCAGAUGAACGGUCUUUGCCCCAUCGUGGAGCCAGAGAUCCUUACAGAUGGAGACCACGAUCUGCAGGCCUGCAUCGAGGCCUCCGAGCGCACGCUGGCCGCCGUCUACAAAGCCCUGAGUGACCACCACGUGUUCCUCGAGGGGACACUGCUCAAACCCAACAUGGUGCUCCCAGGAGUGGACUGCACCAAGAAAUUCACACCCGAGGACGUGGCCCUCGCUACAAUCACCACUUUCCAACGCCACCUCCCCGUUGCCGUGCCUGGCGUCACCUUCCUCUCUGGCGGACAAUCCGAGAUAGUGGCCACCACCCACCUCAACGCCAUCAACAAGUACGAGGCCGUGAAGCCGUGGGGGCUCACCUUUUCCUACGGUCGAGCUCUCCAGGCGAGCGUCCUGCAAGCCUGGCGGGGAAAGCCGGAGAAUGUGAAGGCAGCUCAGGAAGUUUUCAUCCACCGUGCUCGCUGCAACGGGCUGGCAGCUCUCGGGAAGUACGAGGGAGAGGAGAGUGCAGGAGCUGCAGCCAAGAGUCUGUUUGUGAAAGACCAUCAGUACUAG